AUGGCGCCUGCCAGCUCCCCGGGGACCCUGCUGCUGCUGCUGCUGCUGCUGGCGGUCUGGGUGCCGGGCUGCCCCGUGGCCCUCUCCAUGCGCGUGGAGCCCCGCGGAGCCCGCCUGGAGGACCCCGACGGCGACGGCGACGCCGCGCUCCUCGGCAGCGGGCGCGUGAAGCGCGGGUGGGUGUGGAACCAGUUCUUCGUGGUGGAGGAGUACACCGGCACGGAGCCGCUGUACGUGGGGAAGAUUCACUCGGACUCUGAUGCCGGCGACGGCGCCAUCAAGUACACGAUCUCUGGGGAGGGGGCCGGCUCCAUCUUCCUCAUCGAUGAGCUGACGGGAGACAUCCACGCCACCGAGCGCCUCGACCGCGAGCAGAAGACCUCCUACACGCUGCGGGCGCAGGCGCGGGACCGCCAGACCGGCCAGCUGCUGGAGCCCGAGUCGGAGUUCGUCAUCAAGGUACAGGACAUCAACGACAGCGAGCCCCGGUUCCUGGGGGGGCCCUACAUCGGGAGCGUGGCGGAGCUCUCCCCCAUCGGGACCUCCGUGAUGCAGGUGAUGGCGUCCGAUGCCGACGACCCCACCUAUGGAAGCAGCGCCCGGGUGGCCUACAGCGUCCUGGAGGGGGAGAGGCACUUCACGGUGGACAGCAGGACGGGUGUGGUCCGGACAGCGGUGGCCAAUCUGGACCGGGAGACGCAGGACCGGUACGAGGUGGUGGUUCGGGCAACGGACAUGGCGGGGCAGCUGGGAGGCCUCUCCGGUUCCACCACGGUCACCAUUGUCAUCACCGACGUGAACGACAACCCGCCGCGCUUCCCGCAGAAGAUGUACCAGUUCAGCAUCGUGGAGACGGCCCCCGCCGGCACCCUGAUCGGCAGGGUGAAGGCUGACGACUCCGACGUGGGCGAAAACACGGACAUGACCUACCAGAUCAAAGAUGAGGAGGGCCUGGGAGUCUUCCGGGUGACCACGGACAGCCACACGCAGGAAGCACUGAUCUCCGUGCAGAAGCCCCUGGACUUCGAGGCGCGGGCCGUGCACACGGUGGUGGUGGAGGCCCUGAACAGGUUUGCCGACCCUCGCUUCGUGGACCUGGGCGCCUUCCGUGACCAGGCCAUCCUGCGGGUCUCCGUGCUGGACGUGGACGAGCCCCCGGAGUUCCGCCCGCCCCGCAGCCCGAUGGAGGUGCAGGAGGACGCGCCGGUGGGCACGCUGGUGGGCGUGGUCACCGCCCUGGACCCCGACGCCGCCAGCAGCCCCGUCCGGUACGCCAUUGACCGCGCCACGGAUGCGGAGCAUGUCUUCACGAUCAACCCCCAGUCGGGCGCCAUUGUGACCAGCAAGGCCUUGGACCGGGAGACGUCCGGCUGGCACAACAUCACGGUCUUGGCCAUGGAGGCAGACAACCAGGCGCACGUGUCCAAGAUGCCUCUCCGGAUCCGCAUCCUGGAUGUGAACGACAACCCGCCGGAGCUCGCCACUCCGUACGAGGCUGCGGUGUGCGAGGACGCCAGGCCAGGCCAGCUGAUCCAGACCGUCAGCGUGGUGGACCGCGACGAGCCCCGCGGCGGCCACCGCUUCUCCUUCACGCUGGCCCCGGAGGCCCCCGGCAGCCGGCACUUCUCUCUGCUGGACAUUGAGGACAACACGGCCGCCGUGCUCGCCCAGCGCUCGGGGUUCAACCGGCGGGAGCAGGACACGUUCCUGCUGCCCAUCCUGGUGGUGGAGAGCGGGCCGCCCGCCCUCAGCAGCACCGGCACCCUCACCAUCCGCGUCUGCGGCUGCGACAGCGCCGGGGCCGUCCGCUCCUGCAACAGCACCGCCUUCGCCGCGGCCGCCUCGCUCAGCCCGGGCGCGCUCAUCGCCCUGCUGGUCUGCGUCCUCAUCCUCGUGGUGCUGGUGCUCCUGAUCCUGACGCUGAAGCGCCACCACAAGGGCCACCUGGCCGCCGAGGAGGACGAGGACAUGCGCGACAACGUCAUCAAGUACAACGACGAGGGCGGUGGCGAGCAGGACACGGAGGCCUACGACAUGUCGGCCUUGCGCAGCCUCUACGACUUCAGCGAGGGCAAGGCGGGCGGCGAGGUGGCACCCGGCCUGCCCUCGGAGCGGCACUCCCUGCCCCGGUGGGGCCAGGCCGCCGACAAGGACUUCUCCCUCUUCAGGGACUAUAUCAGCCGGAAGGUGGGGCAGGCAGACCAGGACCCCUCCGUGCCCCCGUACGACUCCUUCCAGACCUACGCGUUCGAGGGCUCCGGCUCCCCGCCGGCCUCCCUCAGCUCCAUCGCCUCGCACUCCACCAGCUCCGAGCAGGACUUCUCCUACCUGGGCAGCUGGGGGCCCCGAUUCCGGCAGCUGGCGGCGCUGUAUGCCGGGCGCCAGGGCAGGGAGGAGGGCGGCGAGGAGUCCUAG